UACAAAUUAUUUUCAAAGUUUGAUGUACUCAUAUAACGGUCUAUAUUAUGACGACAGAAUAUAUGUACCCACACCCUUUAUCAGUUGAUAAGCUAAAAUAAUUGACUCAUACGAUACUGUUCAGAGACCUUUAUUUUACAAUGAUAACAUACUCACGUGAUAUUGAUAUUGCAUGAUUAAUUGAAAGAUCAUAUGCACAUUUUAUAAGCGAUUCAGUUAUUAUCACCUGAUUUUAAGUACAGUGUAAUGUACAAAUUAAAAUAAAAAGUACAACAGAACCAGUUCUGUGGAGUUCAGUGUUUGUUUCAGAAGGAAUAUUGUGGUUUUCAUAGUUCUGAAUUUUUAAACUUGAAUUUAAACAAAUAGUUUAUCUUCCUUGGCCUUAUGUUAUCACAGUGCACUAUUUGUUAGCAGAUAAUUCAGUCAGCGCAUAAAUAAAGUGAAGAGCUAGAUAGAAGAGAUAGUCACGAUGGGAGAUGACUGCUGUACAGGAUUUGCCAGAAUCAUUCUUGUGGCUUUCAACAUAAUAUUUGUUCUUUCAGGUGGCGGCAUUCUGGGAGCAGGCAUUUGGCUUAAGGUCGACCCCGACUCAGUAAAUCUACAGAAACUUGUUUCAGUGGACUCUCACGAUUCAGCCAUUUCAUCUACAGCCUAUGUUCUCAUUGGAUUUGGGGGCUUCGUCUUCCUAGUUGGAGUCCUUGGAUGUCUCGGCGGGUUGAAGCGGUGGAAAUGGGCGCUUGCAUUGUACAUUUUCUUCCUGGUCGUCAUUUUCCUGGGAGAGUUCUCAGGCGGAAUAAUGGCAGCAGUCUACAAAUCUAAGGUUACCAAGCAACUUAGUUCGACACUUAAAAAAUCCAUCGCCGAGUACAGCAACAGCUCCAUUAUACGCGAGGCCUGGGAUGCAGUACAGAGCACGAUUCAUUGCUGUGGAGUAGAGACGUACAAAGACUAUGGAACCUACGCACAUUAUAACGCUACUCUGGUUGUCCCGAUUUCCUGUUGUCAUACUGGCUUAUCAAAGAAAUGUAGGAUGGAUGCGUUCAGUAACGCUACGCAAUCCCAAAGUUUGUAUACGGAGGGGUGUUUGAGUAGCUUGGAGGACCAGCUGAAGAGUAACUUGACAAUCAUUAUUGGGGUCGCCAUUGGGAUUGCUAUGAUUCAGCUUUUGGGAAUCGUUUUGGCCUGCAAGUCGUGUCGUUCUAAUGAUGUUGAAGUGGUAUGAUUACUCCAACAGAGAGAAUCGUGCACAUUACCAUGGCAGCGCAGGCUGGAGAAAAUUUCAUUUGUAAAUUAUAUAUAUGCCAUAAACCUAUGAUCAACGUUUGAUUGUAAUUUGUCGAUGUUUGUCCGGUACAGAAUAUUUGAACAACAUUGUAGAAUGAUUUCAGGAUUAUUUUGACCCACGAAUUGUCUGAAUACGCACAAUAGCAAGUCGUCUAAUUCACUGACUCGCUGGUACAGAGCGAUCACGGUAAUUCUAGAAUGAUUCUUUUUCCACAUGUUUCGUUAUUUGAUUUUGAGGUUGGAAAAAUAAUCAUAAAGAUCAAAAGUUAUUUUAAAGUAAUUUUGUCUGGAAGAAAAACGCAUCAUUUUGGCGAAGAGUCAUUAACGCAGAUGCUAUUGUUUCUAUAAAAACACUACAAUGCCUUUAUACCGAGUAUAUGCAUGAACAAUAAUUAUUGUAUUGAUGUAUAGGUACAAAAGUUUGAAUGGACAAUUAUAUUUCUUUAAUGUCUCAACAUUUUUAGGAAAUGAUAUAUUGUUGGAACUUUUAUAUUUGAUUUGUAGUUGACAUAGAAUUGUACGCCAUUAUUUAGCUUUCAUAUGUAAAAUUCUACAAUGGCUAAACAUAGUGAUUGAUGGAGGCUUUGUUUUUUACCUGCGGCAGAAUUUUGUAAAUUGAACACAAUAAUCAAAUGACUUCAAUGCCGAUCAGCAGCAAUCCAUAUCAGUGUACCGAAUUUGCGUGCUUUUUGUGUCUGUUUCAGAAAUAUAGAAAAGACCUAUGAAGGGUAAUGGGUAUGCAAUCCAGCCCAAGAUAUACAUGUAGUUUUUAAAAUAAAGACAAAAUUGCAUGUUGCGACCGAGUGACCCUACAAACAAGGAUGUGACAUGGGAAGACUUAAUUAAUAUUUUAAUGAUACCACAGGAGUGAGUUCCCCCUGAAUAUAGGGGGCGCACAGUACAUUUCUUUCCUCGAUUUCAUAUCUGUUUAUAGUACUAGUAAUAGUACAAGUGAAGGAAAUUUUGUUAGAAUUCAAGAGCUAAAAGAAGAUAUGAAUACAAUAAUUUGAUUAACAUGUGUGUGUCCUUUGUAUGAUUUUUAGACCGGAAAUGUAGGGAGUCGUGAUGUCACAAAGUUUAUAAUAUGAUUGAAUUAUUCCGCCCUCUGAUGGACUGAAAUCGAACGACCUAGAAGUAAUAGGACGUUAUGUUCACCCCCACAUGCCUUCAAGUUGAAUACGUGUAUAACAUUUGUUAUUUUUAAAAUAAAUUGAGAAUUUCCAAUUUAA